UGAACUGACAGAUCAAAACAAUAAUUAAUUAUUACUAUUUUGUGAUUUAAAAUACAAAAACUGAAAUAUUAUUGGUUGUAGCGGCAUCUAUGAUAAAAGUUAUAUUUUUAUACAAAAUUUCAAUUAUGGGCGAUGCAAGUAAACCUUCUCUUCGCAUCGAUUGGUUCGACGGUACACUCAUUGAAGAAUCGAGAGCAAAUACAGCAUCUGGUGGUUCAGGAUUUGAUGAUGAGGAACAGCCAGAGCCCCAGCUGCCUCCCAAACCGCAAUAUAGUGAGAAAAAGCCUAUAGGAUUCAAGAGGCUUCUCGAUCUUUCCUUACUACAACCUCCCAUUCUAACUUUAGAAAUAGCUCAUCGCCCCGGAUUUUGGAAUCUCCUAGAUAGUCAAUUGAAAGGCGAUUUUAUAGUUUUAAUAGUAAAGAUACUUGCAAACAUCUACAAGUCUCUGGAGCCUGGAGAGAAGUCAAAAAUUGUGACCAUGUUGAAGUCAAGAUUUGAGACUUCAAACUUUUUAGAAGUUUUGAAGGAAUACCUCAUAGGGCUGCCUAGCGUAAGGGUAGUUGAAAAACGAAUCAAUUCUCAUUUAUGGGAUGAUGCUCAAGCAUUUUAUUCCAACAUAUUGGAUCUAUGUGAAGGAAUCUUGAACUUUGGUGGGAAUAGUAUUGAAUAUUUACAAAAUAUUUACGAUUUGUUGGAAAUAACAGAAACUAGUGCUCUUGGUGUGAGGGAAGAACAUACGGAGACAUUUGACGAAAGUUUAUUUGUGCAAAUAGUUGAAUUGAAGUCUAAAAUUAUGAAAUUAAUUCAACAGAACCCAUUGGAUACUCUACCACCUGAAAACCCUAAAAUUGACAAUAAAGACAUCAACAAUUUCAAGAACCUUACAAUAUUUCCUACUAAGGAGGACUUGCUACAGAAAAACAAAAUUAAAAUCCAACCGAAUAUAAUAAAUGGUGCAUAUCCUACCGUUGAGCACUAUUUAGACAUACAAUUUAAAUUACUAAGAGAAGAUUGUUUCGGACCACUGAGAGAAGGAAUAUGUAAAUAUUUGGAGAAUCCUACUAAGAGGAGACAUGAGAAUAUCAGAGUGCACCCUAAGGUCCGUAUUAUCCGCACCUACAUAACGAACAACAAAGUAGGUCAUCUAGUAGACAUUGCAUGGAACCAACGGUCAACCACUGGAAUAGUAGACAGCAAGAAGUAUGCAUACAACAAGCAACUCAUGUUUGGAUCCCUACUGCUCUUUACUCCUGAUAACUUUGAAACAAUCUUAUGUGGUACGGUGUUGGAUUCUAACUUGGAGUUGCUCGGUGAAGGAUAUGUAGCAGUAUCAUUUCAAAACCCAGUAUCCAAGACGAUAUUCUCUCAACCUUACUUGAUGGUGGAGAGUGAGGUAUUCUUUGAGCCUUACCAUAGAGUUCUCAAAGUCAUGCAGAAUGCAAGGAUAGACGACCUUCCGAUGCGAAGGUACAUCGUGGAUGUUCAGAAAGAAUCUCGAGCGCCAGCUUAUUUAUCACAGGAAACUUUAUACACAAUAAAAGAAGGAAACAAAAACAAAGAAGUAUCUUUCCCAGUACUAACUAGGGAAGAAUGGCCAGACACUACAACAUUUGGUCUAGAUAACUCCCAAAUGGAUGCAUUUUCAUUCGCUUUAACUAGAGAAUUCGCCGUCAUACAAGGUCCACCUGGCACCGGUAAAACGUUCAUAGGUGUCAAAAUCGCAUCAACAUUACUCAAGAAUUUGUCUUUAGAAGGCACGCCGAUGCUCAUAAUCUGCUACACAAAUCACGCCCUUGAUCAAUUUUUAGAAGGCAUUUUGCCAGUUACUCAGAACAUAGUAAGACUAGGCAGUCAAAGUAAGAGCAAAAUCCUUCAGCCAUACAACUUGAAUAACAUGAGAAUGAAAAUGAAAUCUAAAUAUGCUCAUCUCUAUGGAACUAAGAGAUCAGAAUUAGAAAAGAUUUACAAACAAAUGACGGACAUACAGACAGAAAUUGAAAAAUGUGAAAAGGAAAUAAUCACUUACAAAACUUUAAAGCCAUAUAUGAAGACUAAAGUUGAAUUAAAGAGCGGCAAAGAAGAUCCUAUAUUACCUUGGCUCUUUGACCAUCUAGAAGAUAUAAAAGAAGAUAAAGAAGAAGAAUUAGAAGACUGGGAAAAAGCAUUAGAAGAUAUGGAAGUAAGUGAGAAAAUUGAAACUUGUUUCUCAGAACAGUGGGCAGUUAAAGAAAUAGACUCAAUGCUAAACAGUAUUAGAUAUGUGAAGGAUAUUACCGAUGAUCAUUGCGAGGGCCAGAAGAUGACUGAUAAGUUUCAAACAGAGAUAAACAAAGUUAGCAGAAGACUGAACUGUUUCAAGAAAAAGUUUGCACUAGAAAAGUCUGUCAAUAAGGAUGAUUUCACAAUGGAGGAGAACAUAGACCUCUACAGUUUGACCCCGGACGAGAGAUGGGCGGUAUAUUUCGCUGCAGUUAGAACUAUUACGAACGAACUCAUGGUGAAAAUGAAUGACUUGUUGGAGCAACAUAACACAUGCAGUCGCGAGUUAGAAGAAGUGGCUACCCUCACUGAUGGAGAAGUUAUGAGGUCAGCGCGUGUGGUCGGAGUCACCACCACCACUGCUGCGAGGAGACAUGACCUCAUGAAACGCCUGCUGUCACCUAUAGUGAUCGUAGAGGAAGCGGCGGAAGUGUUAGAGGCUCAUAUAGUGGCGUCCUUGACACACAAGUGCCAGCACCUAAUACUUAUUGGCGACCAUAAGCAACUGCGACCCACAGCAGCGCAUUAUAAGCUAGCUAAACACUACAACUUCGAAAUAUCCCUCUUCGAGCGUAUGAUCCGCAACGGCGUACACGCAAGAACAUUGUCCAUACAACGGCGAAUGAGGCCCAGCUUCGUAGAGUUGCUGGUACCCGCCAUAUAUGAGAGAUUGGAUAGCCAUCCCAGGGUGUAUGAGUACCCUAAUGUCAGGGGUAUGAGAGACAACUUGUAUUUCUACAGUCAUGACGUGUUUGAGGAUUCUGAGGGCUUAGAAGACAGUUGGAGCCACAAGAACACUCUAGAAGCCAAGUGGUGCGUGGCGUUGGCCAACUACCUGCGCCAAAUGAAGUAUGCUGCUCAUGAGAUCACUAUCCUCGCGACUUAUAACGGACAAGCGACGCUCAUUAGAGAGUUCAGCAAAAAACACAACUUACUCCGCGACGUGAAAGUCACAGUAGUAGACAACUACCAAGGAGAGGAGAACAGGAUAGUCUUAUUGUCGCUAGUCAGGAGUAACAGAGACGGCAAUAUUGGCUUCCUUUCUGCUGCUAACAGGAUUUGUGUGGCCUUGUCCAGGGCUAAAGAAGGAUUCUACAUGUUCGGUAACAUGAACGUUCUGAAGUCAGCGAGUCCAAUAUGGCGGCUCAUCAACGACAAACUGGUGUCUAUGAACGCGAUAGGCAAGACCAUCGCUUUGCAGUGUGACUCUCACAGAGACAAUGUUUUUCAAGUAAGCAAUUUAGAAGACCUUGAAAACGGCAUAAUAGGAUUUUGUAUGAGAAUUUGUGAAAAAAGCAAACAAAUUGAAUGAUAUCUGUUUUUAUUUAUUGUUGCAAGUUAGGUACAUUUUUUACUGUUUCUUGCAUUAAAGUUAUUUUCAAAAAUAAAUUGUGCUCGUUACACUGGUUUUUAUUUUUUAACUAGACAUAUUAAGCUUAGUUACCUAUGUCAGGGUUGAAGAAGUCACUGUAGCUGAAACCACCUGGAGCUCAUUAUCAUUCAUUCAA